AGGGAACAGUGCGCGCAGCGCUCCGCCCAGCUCCGUUCCGCUCCGCAGAGCCGGCGCGGCCAGGGCGCAGGGAGGGCGGCACUCGGCCCCUGUCUUCGCAAUCCCGCGCGCUGUCUCCGCCGUGGGACCUGGGUCCCCGCGCCGCUCCUCUGAGCCCCGAGCGCGCGGCGGGCGGGAGCCAGGUUGGGACUGGUGGUGAGGCAGGGAGUGAGGAGCGAGCGGUGUCGCGUGCGCCGGCGCGCAGCUCCGGGUAGCCCCAGCCCCAGCCGGGGGCCUGUGGCCCGGGGGAGGAGCUGUGCGUCCGCGACCCGUCGGGGACCGCAGCUGCUCGGCCGGAGUGCACGGGCCGAGUCUGCGCGACUACCCACGCGUGACAGGUCCCUGGAUGAGAAGGAGCUGACAGCAGCUGAAUUCUAUCUUCUCUGUGUGCUGGGGAGCAGGGCUACACGGCCCAGGUGGCAUCAAUGCCGAAGAACAGCAAAGUGACCCAGCGUGAGCACAGCAGUGAGCAUGUCACUGAGUCGGUGGCCGACCUGCUGGCCCUCGAGGAGCCUGUGGACUAUAAGCAGAGUGUACUGAAUGUGGCUGGUGAGGCAGGCAGCAAGCAGAAGGCGGUGGAGGAGGAGCUGGACGCAGAGGACCGGCCGGCCUGGAACAGUAAGCUGCAGUACAUCCUGGCCCAGAUUGGCUUCUCUGUGGGCCUUGGCAACAUCUGGAGGUUCCCCUACCUGUGCCAGAAAAAUGGAGGAGGUGCUUACCUGGUGCCCUACCUGGUGCUGCUGAUCAUCAUCGGGAUUCCCCUCUUCUUCCUGGAGCUGGCUGUGGGUCAGAGGAUCCGCCGCGGCAGCAUCGGUGUGUGGCACUAUGUAUGUCCCCGCCUGGGGGGCAUCGGCUUCUCCAGCUGCAUAGUGUGUCUCUUUGUGGGGCUGUAUUAUAACGUGAUCAUCGGGUGGAGCAUCUUCUAUUUCUUCAAGUCCUUCCAGUAUCCGCUGCCCUGGAGUGAAUGUCCUGUCGUCAGGAAUGGGAGCGUGGCAGUGGUGGAGGCAGAGUGUGAAAAGAGCUCAGCCACUACCUACUUCUGGUACCGAGAGGCCUUGGACAUCUCUGACUCCAUCUCGGAGAGUGGGGGCCUCAACUGGAAGAUGACCCUGUGCCUCCUCGUGGCCUGGAGCAUCGUGGGGAUGGCUGUUGUUAAGGGCAUCCAGUCCUCGGGGAAGGUGAUGUAUUUCAGCUCCCUCUUCCCCUAUGUGGUGCUGGCCUGCUUCCUGGUCCGAGGGCUGUUGCUGCGAGGGGCAGUUGAUGGCAUCCUACACAUGUUCACUCCCAAGCUGGACAAGAUGCUGGACCCCCAGGUGUGGCGGGAGGCAGCCACCCAGGUCUUCUUUGCCUUGGGCCUGGGCUUUGGUGGUGUCAUUGCCUUCUCCAGCUACAACAAGCAGGACAACAACUGCCACUUCGAUGCCGCCUUGGUGUCCUUCAUCAACUUCUUCACGUCAGUGUUGGCCACCCUUGUGGUGUUUGCUGUGCUGGGCUUCAAGGCCAACAUCAUGAAUGAGAAGUGUGUGGUCGAGAAUGCUGAGAAAAUCCUAGGGUACCUUAACACCAACGUCCUGAGCCGGGACCUCAUCCCACCCCACGUCAACUUCUCCCACCUGACCACAAAGGACUACAUGGAGAUGUACAAUGUCAUCAUGACCGUGAAGGAGGACCAGUUCUCAGCCCUGGGCCUUGACCCCUGCCUUCUGGAGGACGAGCUGGACAAGUCCGUGCAGGGCACAGGCCUGGCCUUCAUCGCCUUCACUGAGGCCAUGACGCACUUCCCCGCCUCCCCGUUCUGGUCCGUCAUGUUCUUCUUGAUGCUUAUCAACCUGGGCCUGGGCAGCAUGAUCGGGACCAUGGCGGGUAUCACCACGCCCAUCAUCGACACCUUCAAGGUGCCCAAGGAGAUGUUCACAGUGGGCUGCUGUGUCUUUGCAUUCCUCGUGGGGCUGUUGUUCGUCCAGCGCUCUGGAAACUACUUUGUCACCAUGUUCGAUGACUACUCGGCCACCCUGCCACUCACUCUCAUCGUCAUCCUUGAGAACAUCGCUGUGGCCUGGAUUUAUGGAACCAAGAAGUUCAUGCAGGAGCUGACGGAGAUGCUGGGCUUCCGCCCCUACCGCUUCUAUUUCUACAUGUGGAAGUUCGUGUCUCCGCUAUGCAUGGCUGUGCUCACCACAGCCAGCAUCAUCCAGCUGGGGGUCACGCCCCCGGGCUACAGCGCCUGGAUCAAGGAGGAGGCUGCCGAGCGCUACCUGUAUUUCCCCAACUGGGCCAUGGCGCUCCUGAUCACCCUCAUCAUCGUGGCGACGCUGCCAAUCCCUGUGGUGUUUGUCCUGCGGCACUUCCACCUGCUCUCUGAUGGCUCCAACACCCUCUCCGUGUCCUACAAGAAGGGCCGCAUGAUGAAGGACAUCUCCAACCUGGAGGAGAACGAUGAGACCCGCUUCAUCCUCAGCAAGGUGCCCAGUGAGGCACCUUCCCCCAUGCCCACUCACCGUUCCUAUCUGGGGCCCGGCAGCACAUCGCCCCUGGAGACCAGCGGUAACCCCAAUGGACGCUAUGGGAGCGGCUACCUCCUGGCCAGCACCCCUGAGUCGGAGCUGUGACCACUGCCCCAGCCCUGCCCGCCUCUCCCCCCAACGCUCAACCUGCCCAUUUGUCCAGGCCUGGCCUCUUCCUUGAGGUGGCCACCAGGCCCAGGCCAGGCCCUUUGCCCAAGAAGAGAGGGUCUGCCCUGCCUCACUCCCCUCUUCAGUCCCAGUAGACUCUGCUCCCUAGCCCUGAGCAGGAGGCUGGAAGCAGCUCUGUUUCCCAAUUUAGGACCCCACUCAUCUAGCCCUCCAAGAGCCUCCGCCAAUUGCAGCCAUGUAAUUGGAACAACCCAUCAGUCCUGCUUCCCAGUCCAUGGGAGAUUCCAAGUGGCCACUGCAGUAGUUGCUCACCUCCCUCUCUCCCUGUAACUUGCCACCUGCAGUUCUUACGGCUCUGGGGUUCCCUGAACUGCCAGAUGGUGGUGGUGAGAAGCCUUGGGGCCGGGGAAGGAGAGCGGACUUUGGCUCACUCUGCCAUGAGAACAGGACACCAUCCUGCCCAGCCCAGACGGGGUUGCUCCUGGUCCAAGAGGCUACCUGCUUGAAGGCGGAGGGUGGGAGCAGGUGUGCCAGGGCUCAGGGCUCAGACUUGGGAGGGCCUAGGCAGAAGCCCCAAGUUCUGUUUUCUGAAGUAUGUGCUGCCCUCAGCUUCAGCAUGAGCCUUGGUAGCAGAAGGUGAGGAACCUCCUCUGCCCUGGUCCCUGGGUGGAAUCUUCCCAUGUCCUUAGCCCUGCCUGGGGUGGGUGGUGUGUGCUCCUGCAUCUUGUCUGGGAGUGCAGUGACCGGGACCAGAACCUUCCUCACCUCAAUUAGGGCUUAGCCAUCUCCCUGUCCCCAGCACCCCUCCCCAGCCCACAGUGGUGGCCUCUGCCUCUUUCCUGGAGAGAGAAGGAUAGUGCAAGGAGAGGUUUCCAGAGCACAAAUUGUUGGUUCCUAGCACAAAUUAGAUGGUUUGGAGCACAGUUGUGAAGCACACUCCCCUCCCUCCUCACCUGGGGUCCAAUGUUCUGUCUAGUGGCAGCUUUUCCCCUGGAACAGGGGUCCCCAGAGUUCAGGGGCUUAUCCCCAGGAACCCUCAUUCCUGGGGAAAGACAGAGAAUUUCACUGCCCCUUUGAGCCGCCACUCACUCUCCUUAUUACACAAGCACAGCCACCCAGUGUGCACAUCAUGUGCAGACACCGUGGAAACCUUUCUCAAGCCUUCCUGGCCCAUAGUAGCCAGUGCCACAGGCAGUGCUGUGGACAGUAGAGGCUGCCAAAGGCAAGGGCUGGUCUUCAGGAUGGAGGCCAGCCUGUGCAGAAGGCUGCAGCUGACAACAGCGACCCCACCUGCCAUUACCUUCAGGGCCUCCUCUGGAAGAGAACCCAUUCUCAGAGUGCAGCCAGGGAGGAACCUGACCCAAGAGUAAAUGUCUGCAGAGAGAUGGAUGGAUGGAUGGAUGGAUGGAUGGAUGGAUGGAUGGAUGGAUGGGGUGGGGGAGGGAAGGAAAGGAAGGAGAAAGGAGGGAAUACUGGCUCCAUCUUUGAGAGCUCUGGUGGGCAGGGCAGAAACGGGCCACAGUGCUCAACCCGGACACCCUCACGAAGGGUCGCAAGUCACUCUUGUGGCUCAGAUUGCUCUUAGGACCUGGAGGGACAGACCAGAAUCAGGGUCCCCUCCUUCACCCCCGAGUUCCUUACUGUUCCCCCAAGCCUGGGAGCGGUCUAUCCCCCAACCCUGCCAUCUCCCUUACUCAUCCCUCUUCUACACCUUCCCCUUUCUAGCCCCCUCUGCCCUACCUGUCUUUCCUGAGUGAGGGGAGAGAGAGACCCACAUCUCCCCAAAGAGAUGAGCUUUUGGGGCACAACAUCCCCCCAUAGGCCCCCUCACCUGACAACACCUCCUACCUGGCCCCUUGCCAAAUCCCAAGCAGAAUUAGCAACAGGAAAAGCAAAGCCCCAGGAGAGACAUUCUACUAUAUAUACUCUUCUAUAUAUUCUGUUUCUAUUGUAUAUUCACUCUGUACAUGUGGGUGUAAAUGCUGUUAAAUGACAAACCCAAUAUUAUACUGUGGCUGGUGGACUAUUUUCAUCCUCAGUGCUGUACAGAUCUAUUUUCAUUGUAUAUUUGAUAUAUUUUUAAUUUUGUAGCGUGUGGCUGGGCCAGGCCCCAGCGGGAGGGGCUGAGCUGGGGCUGUGUGCUUGCUAGGUGUGGGCGUGCUAGUGCUCGUUGUAGCCUUUUGCUGUGUCUUUGCUGUGUGUUAGACGUAGGGCCUAGAGCUCGGGGUGUGUGUGUGCGUGCUGUGUGUAUGGUGUGCACAUACGUGAGUGUGGGUGUGUGUAGCGUGCUGAUCUGUGACUCCCAGUGUUCACCACCUUCCUGAAGACCACGCUUCCUCCCCCUGCCUCCUCCUCCUCCUCUUGGCUCUAUCGGGAGCCUCAGGGCCGGCAGGGUGCCUCGGGAGCCCCCUGCUAUGGGGAAAGGCAUGUGUUUCUUGCUGGUGACUCAUUGCCUUCACACCACUGGGUUUGCCAGAAACAGGGAAGGAGGGCGUUAAGGGGAAAAAAAAAAAAAAAUCCUCAAAUUUAUUUACCAGUCAGCUUCUUGCUGUUCCCAGUAGAAUCGCUAGCUCUUCUCCAGAGGAAAAGUACUAGGAUUCUUAAGAUGGCGAGACCCCAAGAGGGAUCUCAUAGCACUGCUGCAUUUGCCGUUGACGCAGUCCUGACAGUGUUUGAAAAGGGCCGCCUGCCCCCUCCCCACUGUGCUUCUGACGCCUUUGGAGUCAAAGGCAGGUGGGGUCACCUGAUGAGCUAAGAUCCAGCCCCAGAAUCCUGGAGGAGCAGGAGGUAGCAGGAGAGGACCAGGUCCCCAAGUCCCUUCACAGGGUCCCCACCCCCACUGGCUUUGGUGCUGUCCACACAGUGCCCACCAGAAGGCAGAGGGAACUCCAGGGCAGGGAUGUGCCUGAAAGAGUCAACAGUCCCCUGAUCCCCUACCUGUGCCUGCCCUCCAGCCCCAUCACCAGCUUCUUGCUCAGGGAGCCUUCCGCCCUCCUCACUGAGGCAACAUGAAGCCCAAGGCCCAGAUGGUGGCUGAACAGGUAGGGCAAAUCAGUUAAUGCCAGUGAGGUCGGCUUCUGCCCUCCAGCAAUACAUGUGCAGGGGUUGCUGCUUUCCCAGUGCCAGGAGAACCCCCGCUCCGAGUCAGCCUGUGUGGGCAUGCGGCUGGGGCCCAGGAGCCAUGGUCCCAGGCACUGCACAGGCCUGCAGUAUUACCAGGGAGAGGGGCUGCUUUUCUGCCCUUCCUCACCCCCACCCCCCACCCCACUCCCCCAGAGUACUCCCCACUGUGAAAAGAGCUGGAAACUAAACCAGUUAGAAUGAACCUGGCUCCCUGAGCAUCCCUGGAUCCUUCAGAUAGGCCCUGAAAUGUGAGGUCUGCUGCUUCACUGGGGCCCGAUGACUUUGGCUGGGGGAGGGGGCCUAGGGCCCCUUCUAAUUGAAAGCUCUGCUUUGUACAGACCCAAGCAUACACACCAGGCCGUCAGUUUGGGUUCUGGCAUAAGUUCAGAACAAUUCAAGUCCAUGUGUCCCGUGGCUGGUCAGAGCCCUGGGUCAAAACCACUCAGCCCAGGGGAGGGGAUGAGGCAUUGUCACCGUAGACCCCUCUUCCUCUCUCCCCCACCAUGGUGUGCAAUAAAGUGUCUGUUCUUACCAAA